AUGUCCGAUUCCAUUCCAUCUGCCACUGCCGACCCUGAUGCAUCAGAUCAACCCCUCCCCGCUAACGCAGAGGACCGCAAAGCUGCUGCGGCGCUGAACUCACUCAACACCAAUGAGUUGGGCACUGAAGGCAACCCCGCUAAGCCGCCUGCGGGGACAGAUCAAGAGGCGUUGGGGAAGGCGAUGAGCCGACUAGAGAUUGCGGCGGGUCAGGGUCACGCGAAGGUUGAAACACAGAAGAAGGAGACUGUGCCGAAGAAGACGGUUAAGGUUGCGGCGGCGGACGUGACACUUUUGGUUGACCAGCUUGAUUUGAAUAAGAUGAAGGCGACGGAGUUGCUGAAGGCGCAUGAUGGGGAUGCCGCGAAGGCGAUGCUGGCUUUUGUUUCGCCUUCGGUCCGGGUGUGA